UUGCCGUGGCAGCAGUGUGAGGACGGAGCUCGUAUGAAGCGUCGCUGCGUUCCUCUGAGAGCCGACCACGAGCUGCUGCUGACCCCCGACACACGACACAGUCUGUCGGGGGUCCGGCUGCAUCCUGUCGUCCAGCUGAGGUCAGGGGGCGUGGCCUCUCUCCUCAGUGACUCGUCCGGUUGUGAAUCAGCUGUUGGGUCGUCGGGGCGACGCCCAGCGGCUUCUCCGACACGGCUUCUGCGGUUUGAAGAUGAGACGGAGACUGAGGCGGAGUCUCGGUACCUGGAGCGGCAGCGGCAGAGGAGACGGAUGGGUGUCCUCGCCUCUAAACCAGACCUGAACCUGUACGUCAACGGCAGGCCAGGGACAAGGCUGCAGGGGCCACAUGGACACCAGGGGACAGGGCUGCAGGGGGCACAUGGACACCAGGGGACAGGGCUGCAGGGGCUGCAGGGGGCACAUGGACACCAGGGGACAGGGCUGCAGGGGCUGCAGGGGGGGACAGGGCUGCAGGGGGCACAUGGACACCAGGGGACAGGGCUGCAGGGGGCACAUGGACACCAGGGGACAGGGCUGCAGGGGUCAGGGCCUCAUGAUCAGCUGGGGGCAGGGCCUGCUGCUGACAGACAGCACAGAGGACGGAUGGCUCAGUGGGACUCCUGUGGGACGGUUCUGAGAGGCAGAGUCAGCCUGAAACCCUGUUUACAGCCACCUGACCCUGAGGAGCGUGGGCGAAGUCUGUACAGACCCCACCUCAGCCUGCGGACCGAGCCAAUCAGAGAGACCUACAUUGGCUCUGUGACAGCGUGUGAUAGAAGUGGGGCAGGGGGCGAGAGGAGGAGCACCAAUCAGGACAUGCCCACCACAGACCUGCCAAUAAACCCCUAUGCCCCCCAGCAGCUGGCCACACCCCUCUCCAGAUCCUCCUCGUCUCCUCAGAGCGUCAGGCUCAACGGCACAAAAGCAGAGCAGAAUCUAAACUACAACCAGAGCCAGAGCCGGGAGGAGCAGGGAAUGUCUGCACCCGAGCCCCACAGAGAGCUCCGAUCCUGCGCCAAGGUGACAGAGAGGAGCAGUGUGGAUCUGAAGGCGAAGAGCUCAGAGACAACAGCUGAGAGCCAGGCCCCACCCCCCUCAGGAAGCAGUAAUGGACAGGUCAAACAGCCAAUGAGAGCUGAGGUUUACAGUGACUACACUUCACAUCCUGAACGUGUCAUCAGCAGAGAAGAACCAGCUCGUCUUUCUCUGCGUCGUCUUUUCUCCAGCGUCAGACUGAGCACGACUCGAACUGGCAGCCUCGACCGCCUCCGCUCACGGCCCCGCCGCUCAGAGUCGGGCCCCGCCCCCCCAGGAUAUGACUCCGCCCCCUCUGGAUUUGACUCCACCUCCUCCGGUCACAAGAAAACCUCCAGCCUGCUGAGGAAAACACCGUCUGUUCAGUCGCUCAGUGUGCAGGGGUCACCCUUCCUGCAGUUGAGGAGGUCUUCAUCGGUUCAGAGUUUUUUGUCAGAGCAGAAGAAGAAAAAGAAGCGGGAUCGUUCUGCUGACUACAGACCAGCUGCUGACCACUUACUGCAGCGGUGUCUGAGUGUGGAGGACGUUGGUCGUCCGUCUUCGGUUCGUUCGGUCGGUCGAGUCCUUCAGGUUUCUGCUGACGGAUCGGUUCUGUUGGAGCUCAGCCGGCCGGACAGCCGCAGGUUUGGAUUCCUCAUCAGCCGGGGGAGAGGACGGCCCGACUCUGGUGUUUAUGUGGAGGACAUGGUGGACAGUGGCACGGAGAAGUUGUAUGCCGGCCUGUUGGCGUUGGGAGACGAGAUCCUGGAGGUGAACGGGGAGAAAGUGGCUUGUCAGAGUCUGGACCAGGUGACCCAGCUGCUGACCCAGAACCCCUCUGCUACAGUCCGGGUGCUUCGGCACCACAGGACGCCUCCACGCUGAACAGACACUGCUACAACCACCUAACUGCAAAAACAACCAGAACGACCAGAACGCUGACUGAGUGAAGCCACAGGACCUGAUCCGCUGGUCAGACCAACACUUAGAGAACAAGUGAACCGGAAAGAAACUUUAACUUCACUGCAACUUCCACAAAAACGGCAUCAAACUGCUGAGCUGCUUCUGGUCCAGCCAGAACUUAGAACACGUUCACACCUGUUCUUCUGUAGACUCGGGGUUAAGGUACAUUUGGUUGUGUUAGCAUUCACGCUGCACUUUGUCAAACACCAAACAUGCUCACAUUGUUUGUCUUCUUCUUAAACAUUAGAAACAUUAAAGCAGAACCAGAAAACCCAAGCCUUUGUUAUACUGGCUGGCAUUUGUUUACAAUGUUUGGUGUUUGACAAAGUGCAGCGUGAAUGCAAACAACCAAAUGAGAAACGCAGCAAUGCAUAAUCUUCAUCCCUGAAUGGCAAGUCUACAGAGCUACAGGUGUGAAAGCGACCUAAGUCUGUAAACUGUGUGAAAGGUUGAAACUGCAGCUAGUAAAUUAUGUUUUUGGUUCUCUUCCUGUAUUUGGGUUGGGUCGUUCUCACCUAAAGUGAACUGAACUCUAGAUCUCUGUGAAGAGAACAGCGGACUGACCAGAAUUUGUGAUAGCUGUUCUACAUGAAGUGAAGAAGACGUUCCACUCAGACAGUCUGACAAAGUUCAGCAGUUUGUCUCAAUCUAAAUACUUCAGUGAGGGUACUUACAGUACAUGUAGUACUCUGUGCACACUUGUGCAGUGCAUUAAGUUUCGACAGGGUAGUGUUGCACUGACAGGAAAUUAUUCUUAUUUUGUUUAAUGGUAAACUGCAGCUGGGAGGAGCGUUGCAGCCACCUACUGUUACCGACAAACAUAUACCGGCUUGUUUUCUCACUGACUGACGGCAGUAUAGUGGUACUCAGAGGUGGAGAUGGAUUCGGAGUAACUUAGACUCAGAGGUGGAGAUGGAGCCUGAGUAACGUAGACUCAGAGAUGGAGUCUGAGUAACGUAGAGGUGGAGAUGGAGUCUGAGUAACGUAAACUCAGAGAUGGAGCCUGAGUAACGUAGAGGUGAAGAUGGAGUCUGAGUAACUUAAACUCAGAGGUGGAGAUGACACUUUACGACACAUCAGCUGACUUUAAAUUAAGCUUUUCUCUGUUUUGGAUUCUUGUUUAAUUUUCUCUUCAGACCUGCUGUCAGGUUUAAUAAAAAGAUAAAGUGAUACAAAGUGAUGUUGUUUCACGCAGUAAGAGUGUUGUACAUAUAUUUACAGUAUUUAAAUGUCUGCAGUAUUUCAGUCUCAUGGAUUUUUAUGUUUAUAUUUUCUGACAAAAUAAAGAAACGUUGACCAGAA